AUAAAAUAGCAUUGGACACUCACAUUCUUCAAUGGAGAAUCUGGCUGGUCCAGCCGCGACCCCAACCUCCACCGCCACCAAGCCUCAGACGGCUGACACCACCACCCCAUCACCGGCGUCACCACCGGCAGCCCCCGAAGAAAAAGACUCAAAAAUACCACCUCCAAAUCCACAGCUCGAAAACCUCUGCAAGACGAUGUGCGGCAAGGGACUUCGAACUUACAUAACAUCGCAACUCCCACUUCCAGAGCAAGAAAACACACUGCGCGAACAACUCCCAGAGGCAUUAAAGCUUGCGCCCAACGCAGCAAAGCUUGUACUCAGCUGUAUGGGAGACUUUUAUGCCAAAAGGGGCAAAGAUCUUAAUAAGGAUACGCAGAUGAUUUCCUAUAGGGAAGCAUCCGCAUUGGUUUUGGAGUGCUUUUUAUUAAUGGGUUUGGACGAAAUUGAUGAAGCAGUCUCAAAAGAAGCUGAACAAGCAGCGGUUAUAUGGAGAAGAAGGUUGGUUGAUGAACGAGGUAUAAAAAAGGCGAGUGAAAUGGACGCGCGGGGGCUGUUAUUGCUUAUUGGGUGUUUUGGGAUUCCACAAGUUUUUAGGAAUGAGGAUGUUAGGGACUUGAUUCGGAAGAGUAACAUCAGGGGGAUUAAAAGUGCACUUAGGAGAUCAAAUGUGCUCAUCGAAAAGAUUCCAGAAAUAAUAGAGGGCAUGGUGAAGCAUAAGAUGGAAGUUGAGGCUGUUGAUGUUGCUUAUACUUUUGGCGUUGAGGAAAAGAUUAGCCCUUACACAAUUUUGUCAUCGUUUUUACAUGAAUUUAAAGAAUCGCUGAAGAAAAGGAAAUGGAAAUCGCAUGGUUCACAUGAUGUUGUGAAUGAAGCAAACAAGAGGGAAUUGUCUACUAUGAAAUCUGUCAUCGAAUGUUUGGAAGCCCAUAACAUUGAUCCCUCAAAGCUUAUUCCACGGUUUCGUAUCAGUGACAGAAUUGAGAGCUUGGAGAAAAAAAUAGCUAGGAAUGAUCAAAGAAGGGAGAAGAUGGUGCAGAAUUGGAAAUGUGAUGAAACGGGGUUUUCUAGAAGGUUCGAUGACAGACAAGCAAAGCGCAGACGUAUUGCAGGUUCGGAACAGCAAAGAGCUGUUAAUCACGUCUAUAGCCAGAGACCCUUGUUAGAAGGUGGAACUGCCGGCCGCUUUUAUGGUUAUUCUUUGUCACCACCAGCAUUGCCUGGACCUAUUGCUGGCUCGAUAGCUGAUACUGUUCCUGGCUCACUAGCUGCAAGUGGGGGAGGUGUGGUUAUGGGUAGAUUUGGUUCAGGUAUAACAAGAAGCACGGAUAAUGUUCUACAAGCUGGCUCAUAUGCUGGAUUUCAUGGAGGGAUGCCGAUUGAUGGUAGAGCCGGGCAAGCAAGAAGUUAUAACAAUAAAUUAUAUGGAUGGCAAGGGGAUGCAUCCAUGCACGAGAGGUCGGUCUCUUACAACUAUGAAUAUGGGUCACCACCACCGUGGCAAGGCUCUAUAGGGUUGCCAAACACUGUUCCUGUUGGUGUCGGUCGCCAGAGCUCUGCUUCUGAUCCUUAUCAGUUGCCCAAUACUGUUCCAGGAAGUGCACCGUAUCGGAACAGCGGUUCAUAUGCAGUAGGUGCUGUUCCCUCUGUUAACCAUCGUUCUUCCUACUUGUACCCAAGGACAUAUUAUCCCUAAGGCAUGCAGUAACUUGUAGUACUUUUUAGUUUCUCUUGUAGUAUGCAAUCUUUGUAAUGUGAUAUGCCAAUUGCACCAAAGAUGCACAAGUGUGGGGAAUGUUAAGUAAAUGAUCCUGCUCAAUUUUCAAGGCCUGGUAUAGCAAUGUCACCGUUUUACCCCUUA